GAGAUUUUUACACCUCAUGUCAAAAUUGACACUUUUUUUACAUUUUUAUCCUUACACGGUUUUUUAAACUUUUUUAACUUUUACAUUUUUCAAUUUUACUUUUCAAAGAGUUUAAUAAUUACAAUUUUACCUUUUCCCUUCUUCCUUACACACGUACACGCACGCCACCUCAUAAAUCCUUUCUUUUUUUUUUUUUUGAAUUUUUCAUUUACCUGAUUCUUCCACUCUUCAAACCGAGCUUCCCACGAUCACCAUAAUCAAGCCCUAACCAAUUUCUUCUUCCCACGAUCACCUUCUCCAAGCCCUCACCCACGUUUUCCUCAACCUACAUUGUCAUCCUCCUCUAUAUUUUCUCUAUAUAAAUGGCAACCACUAGAAGUGGUUCGAAAUCACCAUCUCCGGCGAAGAAAGUUUCUAAAAAAUCGAAGAAGGCUCCAACUGUUACUUCCAAAGUCGAACCUAAGAUGGGGUUAAAAAAAAUUGCUAAAAAUUUAGUGGCUGAUGUUCCAGAGACAUCGGGCACUAAGAAAAGAGCCCCUCCUGUUAAAGUAGAUGCUCCUAAGACUAAGAGAGCAAAAAUUUCCAAGUCUGCACGCGAUGUUUCCUCAGAUUCUGAUUUUGAGGAUGAAGUGCAUGGUGAGGACCAAAAGCCCAAAGUUGAAUCAAAGGUCCAUGCUAGGACCUCAGUGAAGGUUGAAGGAUUUGACCUACCAAAGAAAAAUCCCCCUAAGGAAUGGGAUUAUAUUUAUGACCAGAAGAAUCUAUUCAUUGCUAAAGCCUUUUCCACUGCUACUUUCCAGGUGAUAGAGAACAUUAAGUCUUGUCUUUCAGAUGUACAGCUUGAAAUGUUUUCAAAAACCUGUUUUGGUCAUUUCCUUAACCUUCCCGAUUUUAAAGUUCAACCCCAAGUGUUUCAUGGGUUGUUGCUCGGGAGGUUCGGCAACCUAAUGAUGCCGAGUUCAGAUAUUGGCCAACUUCGUCCUCUAUCACUAAGGAAUCAUAGGGAAUGUUUUACCACCAAGAGUUGGGGUGAUUCUGAUGAGGAUGCUGUGAAGUUGGCAGUUUUGUAUUUCGUGGAGUGGUUCUUGCUUAGUGGCACUAAGCAUAAAAAUGUACCCAAGUCUAUUUUAGAUGUUGUAGAUAGUGGGAGGUACAAUGAAUUUGCUUGGGGCCGGAGUUCUUUUGAAUUGACUAUUUCCUCAUUGAAGGGUAAGCUUGAUAGUUGGGUUGAGGGGGUUAGGAAGGCAAGGAGUUCGGGAAAGAGGCCGAGUGUUUUUUACACUUUGAUUGGUUGUCCUCAUGUUCUUCAAGUUUGGUUCUACGAGUGUUGUAAGUACAUGAAAGGUAAGUACUGCCAAAAGGAAAGCUCUCGUAUUCCAAGGAUCACUCAGUGGACAUGCAAUAGUCAACCUACUUUCAAAGUUUUGAAGACUACUAUCUUUGAUGUUUCCAAAGAUAAGCUGCAACUUUCAAAUAUGAGGCCCACGGCUGGUGAGUUCAAAGCUUUGAAACUGAGCAGUUUCAAGUUCGACACCGACUACAACUCUUACAAGAGUCUUCCUGUUCCCGAAGAGCCAACUGUUGCUCAGAGUGACAUUUCUGUCAAGCUUGAUGCCUUUUCUGAGAAAUUUCAUGGGUUGGAGGUCAAGAUCGAUUCGUUGCAUACUUCCCAACAGAAGAUUUCAUCUGAUUUGGUUGAGUUGAAAGAGUUUGUGUCUGCACAGUUUGUUUCUUUUGGUGCUCAGAUGGCUUCAAUGCAGACACAGUUUUCUACUGUUUUUUCCGAUUCCUAUGCCAAGGUAUUUUAGUGCCUCCUUUCUAUUAUUGUAUGUCCACUCUUGCAUUUGUGCCCUCAAGCACUCCAUUAAUGUUGUCACUGGUGUUUCCCUUGCUGCUAAUUUGCUGAGUUCAGUGCCUCAGCUAUGUUUGAUGUCAUGGUAGAGUACCUACAAUUUGGACAGUUUCUGUCAUAGUUCUACUUUUGGAAAAAAACUCAAACGCAACGCAAAAACAACGCAAAUACAACGCUAUAAAUAGGCUAUAAAUAGGUGAACAUAUCAUUAAUUUUAUCCUUCUUAUUAGUUUUCACCUGUUGUUUUCUGAAUGAUACCUUGACCAUUUUUCAUGGCCAAUUUUCUCCAGGUACGGUCUUAUGCGCUUAUCCAAGUUGUCUAGCUCCCUCAUAUGGAAUUCAAACUCCAUUUCUGUGUAAGCUUUUGCGAUUCUCGCAAAGAAUGGCACUCUGAAAUGCUUUGCAUUUUUCUUGAAUUUUGUUUUGAGGUUCGACAAGAGGUGGAAGAUGCAGUAGCCAUGUGUUAUUUCAGGGAACACUUUCCUAGUUGCUUUGAUGAUG